AUGUCAGAUUUGAAUUUAUUUUCAACAAAAUCUGAUUUAAAAAAAAAUUUAUUAUCAAUUAAUAAAUUUUCUAUUGAUCAACAACAAUAUUUAAAUGAUGUACGACAAGAUUUAUCGGAUGUAACAUCAAUAUUUAUAUUUGAUGAUCAAAAUCUUGAAAUAUCAUCAUUAUCAAAUGAAAAAACUACGAAUAGUUGGCAAACAAUUCAUAAUUAUAAGACUAUAUCAAAAUCAUAUGAUUUCGAUAGUGAACGAGCUGAUUAUUGUCGACUUGAUCGACAUGGUCAUUGGCUUUUAUUAUCAUCUCCACGUCCUUUUCAUGAUGAUACAAAUAAAACUAUUACAUAUGAUAAUAAUAAAUAUUUAUCAAAAGAUUCAAUUUCACAACAAAUUGAACAUACAUUUCCUGAUUCAUGUGAAAGUUUAACCGUUUCUAUUGAUUUUCAUGUACCAACCGAUGAUUUAAUAACAGAUAAUGAUGAUAUAAAUGGACAAAAUAUGGUUGUUGGGAAAAAUAAAAUACAUCAAUAUGAUAAUAUAACAUCAGAUAAGAUAUACAAAGUUUCAAGAUGUAUUAAACCAAAUCACGGUAAAGUAGCUAAUCAAUUUGAUGAAGAAUUAGUUCAAGAACAAUUACGUUAUAACGGUAUACUUGAAAUAUCUUAUAUACGAAAUCAAGGUUGGCCAGUUCGAUUUAUAUUUGAAGAAUUUUUUUAUCGAUAUAAAUUUAUCGCGUAUCCUCAAAGUAGUCCAACAAGACCUAAUGCAAUAACAUGCGAAAAAAUUCUCAAAGAUUUAAAAAUAACUGAUUAUGUUAUUGGAAAAUCAAAAGUUUUUAUAAAAUUCGAACAUUUAGAAAAAUUAAAUCAACAAUAUGAACAGUAUAUAUCAAAUAUAAUUAAAUGUCAAAAAGUAGUUAAAGGUUUUCUUGUACGAAAAAGUCUUCUACGUAGAGCUAAACAUUAUGCUAAUGAACGUCAUAGUUUAUUAACACAAAUAAAUUCAAGUGGAAAACGAACAUUAGAAAAACUUGUAUCAUUACCAAAAGUUUCGACAAAAAAUAUAAAACAAUUAACAUUAAAAAUGGAUAAUAAAACAGGCCGACGUUCCGGUCAUUUUAUAAAGAAAAAAUCAAAAGAUAAAAAAAGACUUUCGUCUGAUGCCCCUACACCACUAAAUGAACAAGAACAUGAUGAUAUGUUAAAAGUAGCAAAAAAAUUACAAUUACUUGAUAAUGAUGAAAUCGAUGAAUUAAAUGGUAUUGAACAUGGAAUAACUUCCCCAACACAUCCAUCUCUUAAAAUAUCAACAUCUGAUGAAUUAAAAUCAUCUUUAGAAGGUUUAUCUGAACGUGAAACUCGUAUUCUUGUUCAAGAUGAAUUUACACCAAUGGUUAAUAAACACGGUCAACAGAAGAAUUUUCCCAUUGAAACAAAUAUACAAUCAGCUUCAGGAUUACCAUAUGCAACAACAUUAAUAUCAGAAGGUCCAUUAAAAAGUCAUGAUGGUGUUAUGGCACCAACAAUGAGUUUAACAACAGCUGAACAAAUAAUGAGACAAAAAAAAGCUGCUGCAACAAGUGGCGAUUUAUUUAUGACCGAUUGGGCUAUUGGACAAGAAGAAAAACAACAAAUAAAACCUGCACGCUCUAAAUCAGAACCAAGAAAUGUUUUAGGUGAAUUACAUGAUGAAAAUAUUUUAUCAGAACAAAAACGUUUAAUGAUUAGAAAAAUUCUUAUGGUACAAAAACAAAAAUUUAAAGAUAAUCAAGCACGUAAAGCACGUCAAAGUAAUGAAUUUGAAAAUUCCAUAUAUAGUUUUUCUCAUGGAAAUCAAACAUCAAAACGUGAUGAUGAAAAAACAUUAUUCGACGAUGAUAGUUUAGAUUGUUGGGAUGCAGCUAGAGAAAUGAAUGUUCCAGAAGCAUAUGAGAAAACAAUUCAUUGUUAUCGUUUAUCAAUGCGUCUGUUAAAAAUUGCUACAUACGUUGUACUUAAUAUUGGUAUACUAAUAACGGCACUUGUUAGUAAAGGAGCUUUAUUACUUAUGACAAAUUCAGUUGCUAAAGUACAAGAGACACCUUAUCAAGAACGUUGGGUAUGGAUGUUAUUGAUAGCGGUAUGUGCUCCAUAUUUAUUUACAUUUUUCGACAGUCUUUGUAAAUGUUUAUUUGGUAAUAAACCAUGGCCAACAGUGAAAAUUUUUACAAUCGUUCUUUUCAUCGAAACUCUUCACAGUUUUGGUAUAGCAAUAUUUGUUUUUCAUAUAUUACCAAAAUUAGAUGCAGCAAGAAGUUUAUUAAUAAUGAAUGCUGUAUGUCUUGUACCUGCUUUUUUAAAAUUAUUUUUAACAAAAUCAAAUUCAUCAAUUGUUCAACGAAGUCUUUUAUUUCUAAUGGAUUUUUUUGCAUUUGCUAUGCAAUGUUCAUGUGUUGGAAUUGCAUUAGCAUCGAAAUUUUUAAAAAAUGAUGGACCAAUUACAAUUCAAACAACAUCAUCAUCUUUAUUUUUUCCAACAAGUACACAUUCUAUAUCAUUAUUAAAUCGACAUAAACGUCAAGAUGAUUUUAUGAGUGGUAAUGGUGAUUUAUUAGGUUCUGGUAUUAGUGGAAAUAAUGAAAAUUUUUUGUUUACAACACCUGCAAGUAAUAUGAGCUCAAUUGAUCAAAAUCUACAAACAAUUUUAGCUGGAUUUCAUAUUGAAUGGGAAUUACCUGUGGCUUUAAUACUUGUUUCACUUAGUUGGUGGGAAAAUUUUGUUGAUCGAGAUAUAAAAAUUGGUGGUCGUACAUUAGUACAUAUGAAAUUAUUAAAAGAAAAUAUUCUUGCAACACGACCCAAAACAUCAAUAAUAAUAACAUGUUGGAAAAUUCUUGUUACUGUUUUAUUUGCAUAUAUAUUUCAUCAUGGAAUAUUUAAUACAUCAGUUGUUUUUCCAAUUAGUAAUAAUAAUGAACAAUUAGAAGAUCCAUUACCAAAAUUAUCUUUAGGACAAAAUUCAUGGGCAGCAUUAGGCUUUGAUCAACAACCAUCACAAGGAAUGUUUCCUAUGUUACCACCACGUGAACGUCGUUCUAUUGUUAAUACAUCAGAAUAUAUAAAACGAAUAAAAAGACAAUUUGAUAAUGAUUUACCAAGUAAUUUUGUUUAUGAUGACGAAGGAUUAAAUUCAAUUGCUGGAGUAGGAGGAGGAAUAGAUGGAGGAAUUAAUAAUCCUGGAAGUGAAAAAACAAAUCCAAAAGAUCGUUGGAUUAUUUAUUUAACACCAAUGAUAUUAAAAAUUUUAUCAGAUAUGUUAUGUUUUUAUAUGGGUCGUUUAGCAUGUAAACUUUGUAUGCAACGUAUAUGUUUUGCAUUACCAAUAACAUUAGUUACACCAUUAGCAUUAACAAUAUUACUUGUUAUGUGUUCAGUUGCACCACAAUCAACAGUUUUUAUUGAAAAUUUUCUUUUUUGGAGUUGUUAUGCUGAUUAUGCAAAAGAAUCAUUUAAAUGGCAAGUUAUUUGUGGUUUAUUUUUAUGGUGGUUAUCAGAAUUAUGGAUUGGUGGACAUAUUUGGUUUGGUAAACGACAACGUUUAGCAUUUACAGAACGUUUAUUUGUUUCACCACGUUAUUGUGCAACAUUACUUGAACAAUCAUUAAUGAUGAAUAGACGUCGUAAUGAACGUGAUGAACUAUUAACUGGUAUAUAUGAUGAAAUGAGUACAACAAAUGGUGAAUCAGAAUUUGAUGAACAAAGUAUGGAAGAAUUAUCAAUGGAAAAAAAAUUAAGUGCUGAUGUACAUACAAAAAUAUAUUCAUGUGCAACAAUGUGGCAUGAAACUGAAACAGAAAUGUUACAAUUAUUAAAAUCAAUUAUGAGAUUGGAUAGUGAUCAAUGUGCACGUCGAACAGCUCGAAACUAUUUACAUCUUAAAGAUCUUGAUUAUUAUGAAUAUGAAGGACAUAUAUUUUUUGAUGAUGCUAUGGAAGAAGAUGACAAUAAUGAACAAGUACCAAAUAAAUUUGUUCAACAAUUACUUGGAGUUGUUGAUCGUGCUGCUACAGCUAUUCAUCAAUGUCCAAUGAAAAUUCCUCCACCAUUUAAAACACCAACACCAUAUGGUGGUCGAUUAACAUGGAUAUUACCAGGUGGAAAUUUUCUUAUUGCACAUAUAAAAGAUAAAACAAAAAUUCGACAUAAAAAACGAUGGAGUCAAGUGAUGUAUAUGUACUAUUUGCUUGGUUAUCGUCUAUUUGGUGAUUUAAAUAUAAUAGAAAAAUUAUAUAAACGAAAACGAAAAAAGAAUUCUUCAAAAAAUAAAUCGAAAUUAUUUAAAGGUUUUGGAAAUUUACUUAAUAAUAUGGAUAAUAAAAAACGUAUACAAAUGGAAAAUACAUAUUUAUUAGCACUUGAUGGUGAUGUUGAUUUUCAUCCUGAAGCUGUACGUUUACUUGUGGAUCGAAUGAAAAAAAAUAAAAAAGUCGGAGCUGCUUGUGGACGUAUUCAUCCAAUUGGAAGUGGUCCUGUUGUUUGGUAUCAAAAAUUUGAAUAUGCUAUUGGUCAUUGGCUUCAAAAAGCUGCUGAACAUAUAUUAGGUUGUGUGAUGUGUAGUCCAGGUUGUUUUAGUCUUUUUCGUGGUUCAGCAUUAAUGGAUGAUCAUGUUCUUCGUACAUAUUGUACAAAAUCAACCGAAGCUCGACAUUAUGUACAAUAUGAUCAAGGUGAAGAUCGUUGGUUAUGUACACUUCUAUUACAAGAAGGUUAUCGUGUUGAAUAUUGUGCUGCAUCGGAUGCACUUACUUAUGCACCAGAAUCAUUUCAUGAAUUUUUUAAUCAACGUCGUCGAUGGGUACCAUCAACUAUUGCAAAUAUUAUUGAUUUUCUUGCUGAAUAUAAAAGAAUUGUAAUUGUUAAUGAUAGUAUAUCAUAUUUAUAUAUAAUCUAUCAACUUUUUUUAAUGGUUUCAACUGUUCUUGGUCCAGCAACAGUACUUUUAAUGAUUAUUGGUGCAUUCAAUGCAUGUUUUGGUACAAGUCUUUGGCAAUCGAUGUAUAUGUCUGUCUUACCUGCUUUUUUUUAUUUACUAUUAUGUUUUCAUACAACAACAGAUUUUCAAAUUCGUGCUGCAGCAUUUUGUUCAGCUGUUUAUGCUAUAAUAAUGAUGGCAGUUAUUGUUGGUACAACAAUUCAAAUAGCAGAAGAUUCUUGGACAUCACCAAAUGCUGUUUUUUUAAUGUUAUUAUUUUCAAUAUUCUUUAUUGCUGCUUGUAUGCAUCCACAAGAAUUUUGGUGUAUUGUACCAGGCUUAUUAUAUUUUUUAUGUAUACCAAGUGGAUAUUUAUUUUUACUUAUUUAUUCUCUUUGUAAUCUUAAUAUUGUAUCAUGGGGUACAAGAGAAGCACCGAAAAAAGUGAAAAAAAAUCAAACAAAAGAAGAAAUUGAACGUGCACGAAUGCAAGAAUUAACACAAGUUAAACAAAAAUCUGCUGGAUUUUUUAAUCAAGUAUUUGCAAAUUUUAAUUUUAAAAAAUAUGAUCAACGAGUACGUUCGUAUGCACGUAAAUGGCUUGGUCUUGAGCAAUCAGGACUCAACGGAAUUUUAUUAAAACAAAUUUUAGGCGCUAUUGAACGAAUGGAAAAAAGUAAAUUUGAUGAAGAAAUGGAAGCUGUAGCAACAACAGGCUUAUAUCCACCAACGACGAAAGCACAAACUGGAUCUGAUGUUGAUGCUAAAUAUAGUUUAAUGCAAUUAGCAGCUUGUGCUGCUUCACCUCAAACAACAGGUGGACCUAUUAAUCGUGCUAGUUUUCCACAAAUUGAUCAUCAACAACAAUUAAUUUAUCGUGGAUUAAAUAAUGCACGAAGUACACCAUAUGGACAAAUUAUGUCUUAUGGUGGUGUUACACGUUCAUUUGAAUCUCCACAAGUGAUUAAACGUGAUGAAUUAGUUAAUCCUGCAUGGAUAUUUCAAGAAUCAUUACUUGAUUCUGAAGUUGUAAUGCUUGAUCCGCGUGAAACAAAAUUUUUUCGAGAAUUAAUUGAUCGUUAUUUAUAUCCAUUAGUUGAAGAUAAAGAUCAUCAAAAAAAAAUGGUUUGUGAUCUUAAAUCACUACGUAACAAUGGUUGUUUUAUAUUCUUUAUGAUUAAUACAUUAUGGCUUGUUAUUAUAUUUUCAUUUCAACUUGUUUCAGAACGUAUACGUGAUUAUGUAUUUAUACCAAUAAAACGUUUACAUAAUGAACCAUUACGUUUUGAACCACUUGGUUUUGGAUUUUUAGUUUUUUUUGCAACUAUUUUACUUGUACAAUUUGUUUCAAUGUUAUGGCAUCGUUAUGGAACAUUAUUACAUUUAUUAGCAUCAACAGAUUUAAAAAUUGGUCAUCGAAGUAGAGGAAAAAAUGGCCGUGGUCAUCGACGUGGAGAUUUUGCAACUGAUAAUGUUGAAGAUGCUGUUGAACAAGUUAAAGUUUUACAACAAUUAAAAGGUUUUGAUGAAGAAGGCUUACCUGAACCUGAUUAUGAUAUUAAUGAUGAUGAUAAACAAGCAACUGAACCUGAUUUAUCAACAACAGGACUAGUUUAUCGUAUAAAUGAACCAAAAUAUAUAAAAAAUUCUGCUUGUACAUCACAACAAUGGAGUGAUAUAGCUAAAGUAAAUGAUAUGCAAAGAAAUUUAGAUACAACUGAUCAUAGUGAAAUAAGUCAAAUGGCUGGUUAUAUAUCAGGUUCAGUUAAAACGUAUGGAACUAGUUAUGAUGCAAUAAAACGACGUCAAAUAUCUAAUAAACGUCAUUUAUAUAAUAAAUCACUUGAUCAUGUUUUUAAAUCACGUUAUCAAGCAUUAACACAACAACAACAACAAUCACAUAAAAAUCCACGAGUUAAAUUAACUGAUGUCUUUCAACAACAACAACAACAACACUCAGCUUUACCAAAAACUAGACGUACACCAAGUGCAUUAACAUCACGUGAUAGUGCUAUUGGUACUAAUAAUCAACAAAUAGCUAUUUCAAAAAAAUAUCGAAGAAAAUCGAAAGAUCGGCAUUUAGACCAUUUGUAG